AUGGAUCGGUUGGCACUCUUAUUAGACAGAAAAAUGCGAUUAAUUCCGAACUGGACACAGUUAGCACGGGAACUGAGAGUUGAUGAUGCUGUAAUUAGCCGAUUGGAACAGUACAGUAACCACAGCCCUACCAUCCAAUUGUUUGAUUAUCUAGAGGUCAAGCGACCAAACCUAAGCAUUCAACAACUUCGACAAGGAUUGACACAGAUUAGUAGGAAUGAUCUGAACGUACUGCUCACAAAUGGUAACUACGUUCUGUUUCUUGUAACUAAUUACCAAGAUGCAGUUGUCUUUUACCUUUAAUUUUAUAAUCUAUCAAAUAUUUUUGCUUGCAUGCGAUGGAUCUGAAGAAUUGCUUGACCCAAUAUGCCCCUGCUAAGAAUAAUAAUUUCGUUCGCAUUUUCAAACCUUACGUUCAUUACAAUAAGAUCAUUUGUAAGAGAUUUAAUACAAGAUGAGAGGGUUUUGCGAUACGUUGUAGCAGAAGAAGGAAAUUAUUUUUUGUUCAUAAAGUGGUACCAGACAACACUAAAAAUUAAACAUCCCACGUAGUAAAUAGCAAACUUUUCAUAAACAUUUUGUCCUGAGCGUCGCAAAAAUAUUCAAAGGAAAUACUUAACACAAUUGUCUCAAUUUGGCGUUAAAACAUGCUCAUAUGUUUGUCCAUGUACAUAAUCUUUUCGCCAAAGCUUUUGAUAGUAGUGAUAAAACAUGUGCAUCAACACCAACUACAACAAAAUUGAUGACUACCAUGGAAGUAAUAGCAAUUUUGAUGAUAACGAUAAUAUAAUGUUAAUAAUGGUAAGCGUUCUUUUCAAAAUAGAGAAAGAUUCAUCUAUAUUCAUCCUACCUCUUUGGAGGUUUUUUUAGGCUUAUGUAAGAGGAAUUUACAUUGUGACAGUUUGUCUAGCGCACGAUUGACCCUCUUAAAAACACAUAUCAGUGUCAUUUCUAAAACCGGCGAAGUGCCACGGCUUUUAUAAGAAUCUCAAUAUAUUUGAAUUCAUGGCUGCGUGAUGUUCAAAUAUCGAGUGGACUGAUUGUGUAGCGUCUCUUACUUCACAUUACACGCCAUGACACUGAUAACAUUUGUUUUAACAGCUGGCUUUGAUGACCAUGAAGAGGUUCGAGGGGCAAUAACAUCAGGAGAUCCACAAACUCAGACUUCCCUUAAGAAGGAAAUUCUCGACAAAAUUGCUUUAGCUUUAGAUGGGACAUCACUGGUUCUCGGAAACUGGUACAGCCUGGCGAUAAAAUUCGACGUGUCAAGGGAAGAAUGUUGGAAGAUAGGGGCACCUUCAGCAGAAAGCCCGACUAACCAACUGUUUCAGUAUUUGGAAGCUACUUGCCCAAAGAUGAAGCUGAAGAAAGUGGUGGACGCCCUUUGUUUGAUGACCAGGCAUGACUUGCUAGACUUUAUAGCUAAACAGAACUUUGCAGGUACGUCAUACACUUUACCUACCACUGAUUCGAAAUUUGAGAUAUGAUUAGAUGCAAAGUAAAGAGAUAUUUUGUUGUCUUUUUCAUUUUUCCGUACCCGGCGUAUUCCCUCCUUGGCAUAACUCAUUCGAGAAGAUAAUGCCUCUCUAAAUUCUUAAGUGUAGGUUACCUUCUCCGGACGUUAAUGACAAGCCUUAUAACCCUCCCAGUCCUCUGGAAGAGUUUCUUCUUCCAAAAGCGUAUGCAGGACAUCUAAUGUAGUGUCCGUUUCAGACUGCAGUAGGUCUAGGGUGAUGCUAUUCAUACCCGACGCCUCAUCGUUCUUCAUAUCAUUCUUUUGCCGGGGCUUCUAUCCUGUCAUAUCGCGGCGGUGGCGUUACAUCCCAGUUCCUGUGUUCAUUUACUUUCCAAUCAUAUCUAACAUCUUUGUGCAGUUAUUAAAUUCCAACAUUUUUCAUCAACUCUUGUAGAUGAUAACCUUCUUGCCACUAAUGAGUUUUCUUUAUUGCAGAUGAAGUGCUACUGAAAGAUGUCAUGAUACCUGGAUCGAAGCUCCUGCAAACGAUGGCGGAUAAACUCAACCGUACAAUACCUGCCGUUGAGAAUUGGAAAAACCUAGCUUUCAAGUUGGAAAUCCCAAACGACGAGAUCCGAAAGUUUGAGGGCAUGACGAGAGAAUCUGAGAGAACAAGUCCAACUAUUGAAGUGAUGAAAUGGGUGGCCGCUAAAUUCCCUGACACUUGUUUAACUGAUGUUGUAAGGGCAUUGGACAAGAUUCAACGAAAUGACGCAGUUAUAAUCAUAACAGAGGAAUUUCCAGAUACAGUGGGUGAGUGGAAAAGGAAAGUUAUUGUGUAGAUAUUGGAGAGUUUUAGAUCCACGUUUGGUUCUGAAUACGUGUGGCCGCAAACCGCUAGGAGUCGCGUGACCAGACUCUAGCGAUCACGUUCGCCGUUGGCCGUCCACGUUUGAACUUCGGGCAAACGCAGUUUAAGGUAGUUGAACUCCCUUGACGCUCUUUUCCUUCCUGUUCGAAGGUUCUCACGUAUGUCCCAUAAACAUAUAUGAGGUGAAGUCUUUUCAUUUCCACCAAUCCGUUUGGGACGCUGGAAAACCAAUCUUUUAGACUCAUUUUGUGUUUGAAAUGAAGGGCCUCCAUCCUUGGUGUAAUUCAAGACGGCGGCGCACAAUUUAAUUUUUUUCAUGUGAAAGCCGACGUCGAUCUAAAAAGCUGAAAGUCUCGAAACUUCUAACUUCUAACCACAAACUGCUGACCGCGGUUUGACGUUUGCGGUGAACAAACCAAACGUGGAUCUAAAACUCUCUAUUCUCCUUUUAAAUCAGCCUGGAAUAUUCUUUAUAGUUGAAAAUCGGGUAAAAGAUGAUCCUCGUGGCCAGAAUUAUAUCUAAUGUUCGUUGUUUCAAACACUCCGGUUUUUUUAAUUAGCGCUUUUUAAAAACAGGCUGGACAUACUAAAUUAUUGACAAGGAACUUAAAGUUUAUAAGUUAAAAGCUUUGGCAACCAUAGUUUAUGGGGGUGAUAACUACUUCCGAUAACCUCCCUACUUUUAUCCAAAGGAUAAUGGUAUCGCUAUCACAAGGCCCCAAAAAUAUCUAUCAUCUUUAGUCAACAAUUAAAUACUUUCUGUGCUACUUUUUGAAAUAAUGUCGGUUUAAUUUUCUCAAGAUCAAUCCCUGGAACGACUGGAUUCUUCACUGCACGAUAGCCUCAUCAAAGAGAUGCCGAUUAACGAUCCAACAGGCAGGACGUUGUCUUAUUGUCGCAAGGGGGAAAGAUCUGUUUCAUUCUCCAGUAAAGGUAAAACUGUCGCGAAUGUUCAAUACAGAGAUUGAAAGUAGAGAGGUUUUAAAAUUCGUGUACAAUUGUAGGUCCCUAAAUGCCUUCUACAGAAUGUACUCGAUUUUCAGAAGAGCAAAGAGGUGUUCACCGGGCUUUCAGAUGAGCUAUUCACCUUUUACAGGCGUUGCGAGAAAUAUUGUUGUAAUUAGUAGCACCGUUAAACCUUUUGCUCAUUAAACCUUCAAAUCCGUCGUGGUUUUCUUUAAAUUUCUAUUAACUCGUCAAAACAAGAGUGAGUGCUGUUAAUUGUUGCUAGUCACUUUCAAUGCCUUAUAUUACACUGGAGUAUAUUUAGCAUGCCUUUCUUUUAUUAUCACCUUUCAGUUGCAGAAGACAUGAUACGAACUGGUCACUGCGGGCUCUUGCCAGAACGAACAAGCCUAGUGGGACGCAGUGAGAUUUGUGAAGAUAUUGUAACCCUAUUGACUUCAAACAAAUCGGCUGAAAUUGUGGCACCACCUGGAUACGGAAAAACAACGGUGGUAAUCGAGGUCGCUUAUAGGAUGAUCGAAAGAGGAAAGUUUAUCGCCUAUGUUAAACCCCGUAAUGUUACCUGUGUAGAAGAUCUGGCAGGCAAAAUUAUUGAGGCUUUAGGCUUCGUUCACGGAGAAGACGCAGUAACUGAAGUAUUUCAUCGCAUCUGUUACUUUAAGGAGAAGAGUGUGGUGUUGAUCAUUGAAAACAUCGACGACUUAAUGCAUCUUGAGAAUCAAACAAGUGUCAACGAACUCCAUCAAGAACUGAAAUCCAAAACGUACUGUGCAAAAAUGCGUGGAAAAUACUCGAAGGAUGACUUUUUCACCUUUUUAAAAGACAUAGGGCUAAUUUCAAACGUUCAACUGAUCCUCACAUCUCGAGAAACGUACAAUUUCCCAAUCGAAGUUAUUGAUUUAGGGCCGCUUAAUGACGAAGAAUCAGCUGUUCUGUUCACAAAGAGUGACGGUAAUCUAGACGAUAGCUUGAUCAAGGAACUGGUCAAAGUUUGUGGCGGUAUUCCUCUGAUAAUUUGCACUGUGCUCUUCAUUCUUAAACGGGAAAAUCCGAAAGAGUUUACCGAGAGACUCUCUUCAAGUUCACCUAGUGAUCUCGUCAGAGAACUGAACCCAGAAUUUAUGGCAAAUGAAGACCGCAUUGAUAAGUGUCUGGAAAUCUGCUUUAAACGGCUUAGUCAAGAGAACCAGAAGAUUCUUGUCAUGUUCUCCACAUUUCCGUACAGAUUCACGCAAGAACAGUUCCAAACAGUAUUUGAGUCAUCAGUCGGACACGAUUUUCAGACACAUCUAAAUUGCCUGAAGCAAAGCAGCCUCCUUCAUUUCGACAGAAAGAGUUGUCAAUACUCCCUUCAUCCUUUCAUAAGGAACUUCUUUUCUUUGAUGCCCGACCACAAUGAAGCGAAAUCAGUCUUCCUUCGUCACUACAGUGAUUUGGCCGUUAGCCUUUGCCGUAAAUUUAUGAGUAAGGAUUCUAAGUGUGCGAUUGAACAUUACAGAGCUGAGAAGGAAAACAUUCGAGAGGCCAUGGCGUGGUGUGGAGAUGAGCAUCCUGAGCUUGAACAAAGCUUAAGGGAGAAGUGCAUCAAUGCCUUUAAUAAGGCCGCCGUAUUUCUUGCAAAGAUGAUGAAAAGGCAGGAGUUCGAGUCGCUCUUCUGCAAGCUCGCGCAUCGUUGUCGCUACGACAUGCCUCUUUACAGUACUUGCCUAACGCACAUUGGAAUGAACAUAGUUUUAAGUUGUACAUGCACACCUUUCAUUUGCUCAAGAGCGUUAUAUCGUGCCAAGAGUUUGCUGUCAGAUGCGAAUGACAUCCAGUCAGAACGUAAUGACGUGAAUAACAGCAACCGGGCCCAGUGCUUAAGUAAGCUUGGUUUCUGUUGCGUUCGCGAGGGGCGUGUUGAAGAAGGCUAUGUACACCUGGAAAAAGCCUUAAAAUUACGACGGGAGAGAGCAGAGAAAUCAAACAAAAGGAAAGACAAAGUCAUGUUAGCGGCUUGUUUAAACGAUUUAGCAGGUUGGUAAUUUUACAAGAUUAUUUUUGUUUCAUGAACCGAGUUGACAAUGUAAAUUGGCCACCGUAAAGAGUUUUCGCCUCUAGCUUUGAAAAUCUCACAGUAGCCAAUGUGCAUUAUCAACUCAGUUGAAAAAAACAAAUUAUCAUAUUAAACUCCCUCACCGACAUAGCACCACAGUGUUAAGAAACUUCCCCCCUCUAGGAAUUUUCCAGACUUAACUUUUGAGAGUAAAAAAAAGUGAAAAGUCACCUUCACCACGUGUAUUCCACAACACCUCAAAGUUUCGAGAUGCAUUGAAACUUUGCAGAAGCCAAGUAUCACCUUUACUUUCUUCAAAUAACAUGACUUGUAAGCUGAAUGUUUUAAAAGCCUUAUCUGAUAUGAAGCUCGUGUUUGCGCGACGAUUUUCAUUGUAACUAUUAUUCGCAAAGUAUAAACAGUCCUAACUAAAAUAGUUCUGCUGCCAGACGAAGUUUUCGCAAGUGGGUAUUUGGGAAAACCUAAAGAAAUGGGAGAUGAGUACAGCAAUGUGCCAUUUAAGUUUGCGUUUUUUUCCUUUUGCAGCUUCUCAAAUGGUUCAACGGAACCACUUGCUUGCAAUUCAAACAAGACUCGAUUCUGUGCUUCCUAUUUAUAAAGAGAACCUCGGAGAUCAUCCUUUCACAGCAACAACACUUAACUGGAUUGGCAACAGUUACUACGCUUUGGGUGAUUACACCGGCGCCAUCAAAUACAGCAGCACAUCAGUAAACCUCCAACGGCAACUGCUGGGGCAACAUCAGGAAACUGCAAAGUCUCUUUAUGAUCUGGGAGAGGCGUUUAGCGCGAAGGGAGAUUACCAAAGGUGAAAGAAUACACUGUAACAGUCUUAUAUUUAAUACACAUUGAACUGAUUCCUUUCUUUUAAAAGUGUUUAGAACAGCACGAAACAUUGACUCGAAGGCGGAAUUCUAGGACAAAGACUUUCUUAGCAUUUCCAACACGUAAUUUCUAACUUUGACUGUUGCUGUUUGACCUGAAGGAACAAUGGAAUUUAAGUGUUGGAAAAGUUUUUUUUUCUGUGCUUUAUCUUUGUACAAAUAUAAAAAGAGAUAUUUGUUAGAAUAAGAUAUAAAAACCAUCAUCAAUGACUUCAGAAUGACGUUGAUGGAAUCAGCUUACAGUAAAUCUGAACUCCGAUUUUGCCCAUUUUCUCUUCGAUCCUUGAAUCCACACAAAAGAAAAAUUGGAAGCAAUUCUUGUUCAAAGGAAAUUCAAAUAUUUUCACUUAUUUAGGUGUACACAGAGCCGAAUUUGGCAACAAGAACUUGGAUUUCUGCCGUUAACCAUGAGCGCCAUGUUCUUUGCGCCUGCAUGAAACAUGAUUUUCCCUUAGGAAAUUCACCACAACAAAGACGGCAAGCGUAGUAACGAAAGAGCUUAGUAUUAAUUUGCUUCAUCUUUUUAGUGCCCUUGAUUACCUGAAAGAGGCUGCUAAAUUACAAGAGGAAGUAUUAGACACACACGAAGAGCUGAUUCACACAUACCAAACCUUGUCGAUUGUCUUGCGUUAUCUUGGAAGAGAGAAGGAAGCCGAGGAAGAAGUGAAAAAGGCAGAAGAGUGUGCGAAAAAUUUGGCUUCUUGGAAAGCCCCUUUAAAGAGAGUUGAGAGCCACGAAGGAGAAAAAGGAUGGAUGGCUGUUUCAACCAUUCCUGAUGCACAACCAAGAAGUUCAGCCAUUGCUGAAACAAAGCUAAGAAGUUCAACGGUCUGAUUUAUUACCCCCUGCCCAUGAUAGACGAAAUACAUUCAACAAUGCUCACUGUAUCAGUUAUUAUAUUUUCACUUCGACAAGUAAAUCAGUCUGCUCAUUCAAGCAGACGGUUGUUUCUUGUCGAGCUGAAAUGACUUCUUCGUUAUAGGAGAGAAAAUUGCAGCA